GGAAAAUAAUGGCUCAGUCACCACAGAUGAAUCGCGGAAUCGUCAAACAGGUAAUACUAAUCGUAUACGUUAUUAUUCGUCUCGUAAAACCUUUUUGAUGUGGUGAAUUCGCUUUGGAAUGCCACGUUUUACAUCGGAAAAUCUCGGGUCACGGCAUUCAAAGUCAACUUUAUACAAUAAAGAGUGUAAACCUAUCCUAUUUCUGUUUUCACACAGGUUCUUUCAGGAGAUAGCGUAAUAAUACGUGGCCAACCCCGAGGUGGCCCGCCACCAGAGAGACAACUUUGUUUGUCCAACGUGAACGCACCAAAACUCGCCCGAAGAUCAAAUCCUAAUGUAGAGGGCAGCGUGGAGACGCGUGACGAGGUUUUGUAUGGUUACAUAUUACAGUGUACUACAUUCUUUGAAAUUUUUUUGCCUUGGGUUUGCUUUUGUCCUUUUUAAUGGCUUCUUACAAUCUAAAAUCUUUAACUUUUAGAUCACGAUAACGUACAGAGAAGUGAAUAAUUUGGUGAUUUCUUGAUGGUUUCGAAAUUCGUGUUUUGUUCAUUUCUUCUCAAUGACUUCAGUCACUCCAUUUUGACCAAUAGCAUUCGGUUACGUGCCUCAGUCUUUUACUGCUACCAGGAAAAACAUCAAAUUUAUUUCUCAUUUCUCAAGUAAAAUAUAAGGCAAUACUUGUGGUAAUAUUACCAAUAUAUGUAAAUGUAAAAUACUCUUUAAUGAUUUUCGGAAGAAAAAGCAAGAACGAGGAACUAUCGCUAUUAUUGUUUUGAAGGUCAUCAGCAUUUACACGUGCGGUGAUACUGAACACGCUCUUGAAGAAAAAUUUUUUAGUCUUGUCGCCUGUACAACUUGCUGUUUUGCGUUGUUGCGUUGUUACAGGGCUUAAUAAGAACUUAUAGUUUAAGUGUAAUUGCAAAUUUAUAAUUUAAUUUGAUUGAUUACUGUGACCACAGACUGGAGGAAGUUUUGCAAAUUCAAACUUUCGUUUUAUUAGCUUCCUUAGAGAAAAAAAAGUUAUUACGUACUGCACGAUAACAGGAAGACAACUGAUUUUGGAGCCAUUAAAAUGCCCCAUGCAUCUGAAUAAUCUCAGCCAGAGUUUCAGAUUUGUGUAAUAUGUAUACAUGUAGGAUAGAAUAAGUGGCCUCUAAGUCACUGGUGAAUUCUUAUUAAUUUUCUGUAAUAUGGCUUGUUAUACUGUAUCAUGCUGAAAAAAGUGUACUUAAGUUAAUACCUCACAUUGUCAUUUGAAAAAAAAAUCAUGAAAAGAAAUUACUGCAUAACCAAAAUGGCUAUCAGUCGAACAGAUGACUGUCUAGUGACCGUGGUGUCCAGGGGAAUUGCUGAUGCAUGGCUUUUUCUUGGUGUGGUGGAACCACUGAAUACAAUGUAGAAAAAUCCUUAUGCUGCCUUAAUGACGGAUAUGCUCUAGCAGCAAAACUACCUUGAACUUUGAAACAAAAAGUUAGUCUAAUAUUAAAGUGCUCCCCAGGCUCUUAUUACUUUUUUGUUUUUAAACACAAUGUUUAAACAAGCAUUUUACAGGAUGACUGUUAUGUAGGGAGUGUUUUGAUGUUGUAUUUCUCUAGGAACAGCAUAUGUUAGUGUUGGUGUACAUGAUCUAUGAAUGCCAUGCAGAUAUACAUGUAAAUUCUCAGUCAUUUUUUCUGGUGACAUGCACCUUUCAUUGGGCACUUGCACAUUAAUAUUGAUUUUGGAGACUAGAUUAAAUGCUGCCAGAGUGAAUUUUUCGAAAAUUCCUGUAAUGGUCCAUUUUCUGUAAGUCUGAAGUCCAAUAGCGUUUCAUGUCUGAGUAAAUCAAUGAUGAUGAUAAUGGUGAUGACUAUGAAGUAGAAUAUAAUAGUGAAUGAGAAGAGGAAAUAUUCAUGUUAUUCAACAAAUACACUGUAUAUGGAUAUCUAAACCAGAAGGACAGAUCCUUACAGUUACUAUAUACAAUUUUUUUGGUUUGUUUCUUGGCUUUUAUUUUUUUGUUCAGGCCCCCUUUUGGCACAUACAGACGAAAAAAAGAAAAAGAAAUGCUUGCAUUUUUAGAAAUUAAAUCACUUUGAUUUACUUUACAGCCUUUUGCAUGGGAGGCCAGGGAGUUUCUGAGAAAGAAACUUAUUGGAAAGGAGGUACUAUUCUCGGUAGAGUACAAAGUUCCUGGAACUGGACGAGAAUAUGGUUGCAUCUAUUUACAAAAAGGUAGUAUAGUUUUCUACAGGGACUAUUAAUGGGACUGCCAUAAUUUGUAAUUACAUUUUUAAAGUCGUACUUCUAGAAUAAUUAAAUUAUUGAGUGCAAUGGGGAUAUAAUAGCCCUUAAGAAAUAAUUAAGUGACUUAAUUUCGAUUAAGUACUUGAUUCCCUUUUUUCCCUUUUAAAUUUCCUCUUUUCCUGGUGAAACAAAGGAAAUCAAACUUUGCAUCAAGAUCCACUCAGGGCUUUAUUCCAGAUUCUAGGCUUUCUUUCUGCUAUCUGCUGUGUCUGGUCAUUGAUGGUAUAACCCGGUCUUUGCUAUUCUGUUGUGUUGAUUUUCUAGGGGUACACUUUAUGGUGGGGUGAAUUGGUUCCUUUGGUUACUAGCUAGGGAGCAUAAGCAACUUUAAAUAACUUAUAGCAACAUAUAGUAGCAAGAAUGUCAAAAGAAAAACAGGAAGCAACUUUUUGAUGCCCAAAACAACUAUCACAUUUAAUUGCUGUCUGCACUCAGGGUAAAAUCAGGAUGAACUUGUGUAUGGUUCUUAAGAAUUGUUCUCCUGGAAAAUUUGCCUGCAUUGACAAAUUCGACUAGUUGGAGUAAUUGAGAUGAAGUUUGAAAUGGUGCAGUUCACUUUUUUUUAGUGAAAUUUAAAGAUAGCUGCUGCAGUUGCCAUCAUGUUAGCUCUAUUUGACUAACCAAAUUGAUCUAAUGAUAUUGCCAAGAUUACGUGUCUGAAAGAAUGGACAAUGAGGUGAAAACUUGGAGAUGAAUACACACUGUAUUUCAGCCUCACCUUUUAUUUUGCUCAGACAUCAAUACUACGUACAUGUAUAUGCUCAAUGUAAUGAAGGGGUUUGUUUUAUAGGUGAAGAACUUGAAAAUGUAACAGAAUCCAUAGUUUCUGAAGGACUUGUCGAAGUUAGACGUGGAGGCAUCAAACCCUCAGAGUAAGUAAUGAAUAGGUUUUUCACGUACAUGUAUAUACUUUUGUAGGUGUAGUUUUUUUAAUACAGGUAGCCGUAUAUUUUCCCCCUCUCAGUUAUCGGUCCCAAAAUCACCAAAGUUGAUUGUCCCUGCAGCUUGUGAACUAAUGUUUUGCCUUUUUUUUAGUGACCAAACAAAGUUAAUUGACCUUGAGGAAAUGGCAAAAACAAUGGCAAAAGGAAAGUGGGCUGCUGAUGCUUCAAAUGUGAGUUCUUUUUAUUAAUACUACAUACAUUGUGCUGGAGUCAUCAAGUGCAAUACCUGAGACUACAAUACAUUGUUCUUCAAGUGCAUCAUUUUACCUCAUGUUUUACCUCGACCUUAGAAACUCAGUUUGAUAAGUUUUCAUGCCCUUUUCACUGUGAAAGGUUUAUUCAUACAAUACUAUACAUGACAACUCAGCGUUGUCCUUAAGUAUUCAGUUUACUUGAGGAAUCAGCAUUCCAAAGCGUCAUGCUAGUGAUCAAAAAAGUCAUGCACAGAAGUAUUUUUGUCAUUAAGUCCAUAAACACUCUAUCUUGAUUCAAACAAAACCUCAUGAUCGAGAACAGUUCUUUUGGGAAUGGAAAGGCUAAUAAGAGACACUCAGUUUUUUGAAAACAUUGUCCACAGGUUAUAAUAUAAUGUCCAUGAAGCUCUGGAAACUUUUUGUGCCUCUGGGUCUUGUGACCAAUACAAUUAGUAUACACUGUAUGCUACAAUAAUAAUAAUUAUUGUAUACGUACUUCCAAAUAUUUCUGUAAGAUCGUCAAGAUCGAGUGCUUUCCAUCACAGGUGACCAUCUUGGUUUCAAGUGUACCGAGGGGGCAGGGCCUUGGAUUUUUUACCCUGCCCCCUUUGGAAAGUAGAUUUGAUACUCAUCCCCAGGCCAGACACAGUGCAAGUCAUUUGAAUUUAAGAUAUAGCUACCUGUAACUCAAAGCACUCAAUCUCAGGGAUCUUACAGAAAAAUAGAUGACUGUCAACAGCUAGUCUAACAUCCCAAUUGCUUGAUAGUUAAAAACACAGUCGUCAUUGCGUGUAUAUUGUGUCUGAACAAGAAAACAUUUUUCUUUGUGUUUUUAAUUUGUUUUGUUUUGUUUGUUUUUUACAGCAUAUCAGAGAAAUCAUCUGGAAUUUGGAGAAUCCAAGACAUUUUCUGGAUGCUAACCAUGGGAAGGAAUUUAAUGGUAGAGAACUGAAAUGUGCUCAUGUUUACUCAAAUUAAUCAAUUACAUGUAGGUUCCCUUUGUAAAAUAAAUGUGGCUGACUGUAGCUCUCUGGUUUAAUUCAAGACACCAGCUCCUUAUUUCAAGCAGACUUAAGUUAUUGCUCUCUCCUCAGGUAGAAAAUAUGUAGAAAAUCAUGGCCUGCAUUUUUUUUCAGCUGUUAUUGAGCAUGUCCGUGAUGGCUGUACAGUAAGAGCGUUUUUAUUACCUGAAUUCCACCAUGUGACAGUUAUGUUCACUGGAAUCAAGGUAUGGUGCUUUCAUUAACUUCUGGUACUGUAUUAUUGUAGGAUGUAAAAUCUGUUCUCAGGUUUUUUUGAGCCAGAAAUUCCUUCUGAUUCAAACUACAUGUUGCUUUACUCCUGGGUUAACUUAAGAAAAGAAUGAUUUUACCUACAACAUUCUAUUGUAAUUGUAUAUAAGUUUUUGUACUCUAGCAUGCUAUUCUUGUGGUUAACAUUAACGUUCACAGUUUGCAAUGUGAAGGCAUGAGGGCUGCAAAUAUUUUUUUCUCUUGAAAGGACAUAUGUUAAACUUCAUAUACUUUAUAUUGAGGUAGAUUUUGUAUUCUUCCUUACCAUAAAAUAUAACCAAUAACAUCGCGACGUAAUUGACCAAUCAGAUCAAUAACCAGAGUGUAAUACCAUCAACUGACGUGAUACAACUCACUUUGACUCUGAAGAUGACUACUGCACAGGUUGUCGAAACGUCAGUCACUGUCAACAACAACAGUCCUAUUCAGGACUAUGUUCACCCGGACGAUCAAACUCAACCAACUCUUGAAAUGACUCCUGGGUUCAAACCUUUCACAAAAUGAUUUAUGUUAGAAGAAACUCUCCAGACAUAAUAUCCAAACAGACACUAGCAAAUUUUGGUUAGCCAUGUCUGAUGACCAACUGUUAUUUGCAGCCCUGUGAAGGCCUGCCUGACAAUCCUUUGCAUGCGACAUUGUACUAGUUGCUUCUUUCGGGGACAAAAGUAGCCAACUUCUCUGAGCAAAAGGACUGAUGUGUUUCGUCAGUCACUGGUACUUAUUGAAACCCCUGUAUCUCUGUGCUCUCCUUUAGAAACAAAAACAUAUCUCUAUCAAUCAAUUCAUCCCUUUUGUCUGACUUUUUAGAGUCCAAUGUUUAGAAGGGAAGGAGACAAAGAAAUCCCAGAACCAUUUGCCGAUGAGGUAUGUCUAGUCACAUGCAAUGGUAUUGGCUUUGUAAGUUUAUUGUUUAACCCUUUAAACCCUAGGAUCAAAAUUGAAAUUCUCAAUUGUUGCCCCUAUUCAUUUCCUACAGAAGUAGUAGGAAGAAGUUGGUAAAAUUCCAAGCAAAUCUUGUGUGAUCAUGUCCUUAAUUCUCAUGAAAAGGGUUAAUCCACAGGUACCUUGCUUAUUGUCGAACAAAUUAUUUUGCUAUUUGUGGCCCUGACUUAAAAGGGAACAAGUAAAAAAUUAUUAUUCAUUAAGCUGAUGAGUCCAUUAUUUUUUGUAAACAAUUACUUCUUAAUCAUUGUUGCUUAAAUGUAUCUGAUAACUAGUUAAAUUCUUAUCUUCUUCUCCAGGCCAAAUUUUUCACAGAAAGUCGUCUAUUACAAAGAGAAGUCAAGAUAAUUUUAGAAGGUAUCACAUAUUUGAAAUUACUGAAAGUUCAGGCUAACUUACCAUGUACAUGUUAAGUUUUUUUUUCAACAAACGGACUAGUCAAACCGGCAGUAAAGGGGCGUCAACUCGGCUUCUCACAGAGAAGCUUCACUAGUAGGUAGAACAAAGAAUCAACUCAAUGAAAAUAUCCUUAAAACGUCUUGAACAAGUCUUAUUACAGCCGUUGAUGCAGUGAAACGAAAAUGCUUUGCCGUGAAUGGACUUAAAACCUGACCAGGGUUGUAUGAGCCAUUUAACGUACUGUAAGUUGCUUGUCAUAUUUUGAUACAAAUUAUUUGCAAUACAUACCACAGCUGAUGAUAAAGUUCUUCUUUUAGGUGUAUCUAAUCAGAAUUUCCUUGGCUCAAUCAUUCAUCCAGUAAGUCAUUGUAUUUUUAUGUUUUAUCGUCGCUUCUACAAGUAUACCUUGUGUAAAUCCCCUUGAAACCCUAAUAUCAAAAGUUAAUUCCAAUUUGUUGUCAUUUUACAUUACCUGUGAAAGUAGUGUAGAGAAAUAAUGUUCAAGUAUCUGUCGAUUAAAAUGCUCGUGACCACUCUGUUUUAUAAAGCAUGAGAGGCAGGGUUGUCACUAAGAUUUUAAGAUGCUGAGCAAAUACAAAAAGUAGGCGAAGAAUCAAACAGCUAAGGGUUUCUUUUGGUUUUAUUUUACUUCCGUUUUCCUUAGAAAGUAGCCGAGAGAUCCCCGGCCCCCGCCCCUUAACGAAAAGAAAUUUUAUGCUGAUCUGCACUCCCAUUUACUUGAGCAAGUUUUCCUUGACAAGGAAAUUUUCAUCUCGAAAACCUACACUUGAAACCACAGAAUGCGAGAAGUCUCUUUUCUGAUGAUGUGUCGAAGCAAAGAGCGAUUUUCGUAUGACCUUGAAAUGAAAACGCGCGAACAAAACAGAAACAACAAACGAACGGAAAUAGAGCAAUAUGAUUGGUCUGUCGAACGGAUACAAACGCUUGUGGCUUUUGAUUGGUUUAGCGAACGCUCGGGUGAAAAAACUUGUCAUGCCCGAGAACUUUCUAGAAAUCAGUCGACACUUUGCUUUGACGUCAUGCUGCAACACCAUUGGCCAAUCGAAGGAUGCCCUCUCCAUAUUAGGGUUUUCUUUGGCGGGAAAACGAAAAGUCCAUAUUUUGAUCUUUUCAUCCAUUGGCUGAUAAAACAAAUAAUGAACACUCACCGAAACCACUUUUCAAGGUCAUACGAAAAUCGCUCUAUCGCGCUGGUGCUUUUUGCUUGCGUAUUAGGCAGAUUAGUGUCAUGCAAAGUUGAGACUGCUCUCAGUGUAAAGUGAACGGUGCUUCAUUGAACUGUAAAGCAAUACUGUCAAACCUCCUUAAUCGACCACCCAAAAUGUGACCAUGUAGUGGUCGCAGUGACCGGUCAAGUCGUCCGAAAGUCAUCUCGCCCGAAGUUAUAUCGCUCGAAACCAGAGCCAUGGCGCCCGAAAUUUUAAUAAAGAGUGUAUGUAAUAUAUCUCGUUCUUUAAGCGAUAAUGAGACAAAACAAGCGGGAUAAUUUUGUAAAUAAGUCUCGUUCCUUAAGCAAUGAUGCUAUGGUGAGACGAAACAAGCGGGAUGAAUUUCAGGCGACAUAACUCUGGUUUCGGGCGACUUGACCGUAAACCGUGGUCGCUCAUGGGAGGUGGUCUUUCACGAGAACUCAGCCUUUGGGUGUCUUUUUGAGUAGACGUCUCGACACAUCUGAUCUGCUUUUUGGAAAGGAAUUCAGAACAUACAUUUUCUAAGUUACGAUAUGUAUAGUUCACGUUGUCAGUAGUAGUUGUCUAUAUACUCUGAGAGGUUAACAACAACGCAAACUUAUAGCGAGCAAAGGUGGUUGUGGUUGCGGUCAGAUUACGACCAUGCGUGGGAUAAUUUUGGUUUUUGGGCGGUCGCUUACAGGAGGUGGUUACGAAAACAACAUGGUCCAAAAUUGUUAAAAGUCGGCAUCCCCUUAUAUACAAAAAGAGAGUACUGGGUGGUUAAAAAGGUCGGUCGUGUUUUGAUAGAAAUUUUAUGUAUUUUACGUGCAUUUUUAUUUUUUUGCAAAUUUGACUGGGAUUUUUUUUUUUUUGUAAAACACAAUGUAAUUUGGGGGGGUGGGUUUGCAAAUAAAAACUUUUAUGAUUAUGAUUAUGAUUAUGUGUAUUUACUCGGUACAUUUAUCCAAUAGGCAGGAAACAUCGCCGAACUUCUGCUCCGUGAAGGUUUUGCGCGUUGUGUUGAUUGGAGUAUGGCUGUACUUUCUAAAGGACAUGACAAAUUGCGUGCGGCGGAAAAGUAAGUUAACUUAUCACACUUCUUUUGCUUUGAAACAGUUACGGUCUUCAGUAAUAUAGAGCAAUGCUCCAAUUAACAGGUGGUCAUCGGACUAUAACCGAGUAAAAUUGGCUCAGGUCUCAACUGUGGUCGGACAUGUUGUCUGGACAACACGUGUUACCAAAAUCUAUCACUUUGUAGAUGAACGUGUGGAUUUUUCAGUGUGCCAGCAAAUUAACAUUAUUGUAGUAAAUACAUGGCAGAAUGCAAUGUACCUGCAAAUCCACCGUGCACAAUUUUCGCUAAAGAGGCAUGAUGCUUCCUUGAUUGCACCGACCACAUUUUGUUUUGUCCGACCAGAUGGUGACUUAGCAGAACAUAGCUCCUUUCAAGAGGAAAAAAAUACUUCCAGCUUAUAUAUUUAUUUACUUUGUUUUAAAUGACACAAAUUUCCCAGAAAAAUACUAUGCACACGCCCUAAGAUCAUCGGACAAUUAAGACGACUUUUGUUUUGAUCUGCCCAAACUCAAAAACAGUCGGGUAUGUUCUUCUCUUAAAACCUCGUUAUUUCAUGGCCCAACAGUGGCGGAAUUUAGGAGGUUUUCAUUUCACGUAUCAAGAGGAAAUUGAUGAUUACAGUAUUUUUGAUGUCAUAGAUUCGCGAGGGAAAAAAGGUUUAGGUUGUGGAAAGACUAUGUACCGAAUACUCCUGUAGUGCCAAUUCAGAACAAAGAAUUUUCUGGCAAGGUUAGUAUGGCUACUUUAAGGUUCAAUUUGCAUUGUUUUUCUUUUUUUAUUCAGUAUGAUCUGUUAUAGUACGCACAAACAACGAAAGUACAAAACUUGGACUAAGGAUACAAUUAAACCAUAACAGACUGGAAAGUCGACCAACUCGCCACGACGUUAUAAGUCAUCGACUUUUCUUGCUCCGUUCUUUAACGUGAUAGGUUGUAGAAGUUGUCAAUGCUGAUGCGUUGGUUGUCAGAACCGCUGAUGGAGCACAGAAGAAGAUUCAUCUCUCGAGUUUAAGACCUCCAAGGUAUGAACCAAUAACGAUACUUUAAACGUAUCACCCCACCCUGCUAGCAGAGUCUUAGUUUCUUUCAUUUGCUUGAUUUUGGCGCACUCUGCACAAAUCGACUAAGAUCUUUGUUCAGCAUGUGCUGCUUGUUGCUUGCUUGUUGCUGGGGUACAGUUUCGUACCUAGGCAUAAUAGCUGUGUUCUUGUUACACCGGGCUCGGUUAUACCCAUUGGUCUAUAGACUACGAGCAGUCUCUUUUUUUCUUCGUCCGUCGAGCAAAAUGCGCGAGACACGCAUGUGACUGAAGGCGCGUGGCGGGAGAGUUUCUCGCGUCUCGCGGCUUCGCUGCUCGAUGCUCGCGCAAGCGUGCAUUCCCCUCGCAAAAAGAGAGACUGCAUGCAGUCUAAUCGGUUUAUCAACAAACGGUUUCCAGCACUGGGAAAAACCAGUUUGACGAGAGAGAGAAAGAUUGGGCAAAUGCUUGACACGAUUCAUGCAAAGUGUCCUUUUCUCCUCCUUACUUUAGAGGACAAAAUGAGGCUUUGCUUGCAGAAUGAUCACUCUGCAGUCCCUAAUGAAAAGGCUAUCAAAUCAUGUGCAGUAGUUUUUCACCCAUUCUCACAAUGGUCUCAAAUUGGCCCCUAAAACACCUUAUUACAGUCGCUGAAUAGCCUGAAUUUCAGACGAAUACUUCGGAUCGUUUUCACUCAAACGACUCGAAGUAAUCGUCUGAAAUUCAGGCUAGUCGUUGAAAGGCUUUUGAGUUCAACGUAAGCGUUUUAUUUUGUAGUAUGUCCAUUUGCUGAGAAUGGUUUUUCAUUCCUGCAGGUUAAUUCCAAAAGAAGAUGGUUCGCAGGUUUGUUAAAUUGAUUACUUUCGUUGCAACCAGAAAGGAUAAGAAGAAACAUGCAAACGUGUGGCUUGGAUUGGUUUGUUUCUGUCGAAACACUUAAAACUUGAAACUUGUGUCAUUUGUUUGAAAUGUCACCAAUUCGUUGUCAUGCACAUAUUCAGCAGAGAGGAGAGGUCGUUACGUCACGUUGCCAUGGUACCAAAAUUUCUGUAUGAUAACAAACCGAAAACGUCACUCAAAAAGUGAAUUCGCAAUGUUUAAAAUUUCAUCGAUCUUAUCCAGUUGCAUUUAAUUUGUCAAAUGUUGGCGAAAUUUUCUCUGGUUGAAUCCGAAAGAACCUUGUGUAAGUUUAGAAAAAGAAAAAUGUUGUGUUCACCUACUCCAUGAAGUGAACGCGUGAAAUAAGGAAGUUUCAUGUCCCAGUCGUACACGGACGUCUGAGAAAUGUACAAAAGCGUGAUGCACGUGCAUAUUUAUUGUUUUUUUUAACCUACACCUAUUGCUAUUUUUACGUUCUCGUUGCCGUCGCCGUCGUCGUUGCUUAAGCUCCCUAUUGCUGUGAUCCACAAAUUUUGCUACCAUGGUAACAUGGUAGCAUUUCUUUUUAUUAUCAGGGAAAGGCCUUUAAGCACUGUUAGCACACUAACGCCUUACCAUCCGUUUGUUCUUUGCUCCACAGGACACCAUAACGAACGUUAAAGAUAACAAAAAGAGCAGACCACUGUAUGAUGUUCCUUACAUGUUUGAAGCUAGAGAAUUCCUUAGAAAAAAAUUAAUUGGCAAAAAGGUAAAGGCGUUCUUAAAACGGUAAUUAAAUAUGUUGUAUAUUUUGUUGUUUUGGUAUACGUUGCGACGUAACAUCAACACACCAGUGAAGGUGAACGUAAAAUUCCACCGAACCCGCCGCAAAUGAGGAUUUAGGAUUUAGUUUAAGAGAGAUGCUCCUUGCAACAGCUGUACCUUGUUGGGUCUUUUUUGGCAACGGUGCUGAUACAGGUACAUAUUCGAAGAGGAUUUUUUGCGUACAGUUUACAAUACGAGUAACGAGCAGUGCCUUCUCGCCACUAAAAGGGCCCCAUAUUCUCCGAGUCGCUCGUUACCUGAAGCGACCGUUAGAUAUCGCAACUAAAACAUCGUACCAAAAGGACGAACUUUAAGUCUUUUUAUCAUCGGUUGUGCGUCUUUCCAUUUUCUUUUUGUAGCUGUAUGAAAUCAGACCACGUGGCAAGUGGUUGCUUAAGGUGGUCGGAAAGGGGGCUAAAAGCAAUGGAAAAAAUAAACCUUCAGUCAAGAGUGUGGUCGCGGUUGCUUGAAAGAAGAAGUUCAGAACCGUAUUGCCUUGACUUUCGACAAUUUUGAUGUGUUGGAUAGAUGUUUCCUUACUAGAGUUGGUCGUACAUUGGGUAUGGCUGUACGUUUUUGUCAUUAUGUCAAAUAUGGAUAAUCGACUCUUGUGAAAAUAUGGAGCAAAGGAGUGUGGGUACUUUAGGGCAUAGGACAGGUUACCAAGGCCUUUAGACGUUUUACGCUUAGUAACUAAAAGAUUCGAAAUCGGUAUUUUUAAAAUAACAUUACACCUAGAACAGCUUGCCACAGCCGGGGGAGGCAUUGCAGCCAACUCUUAGAAUAAGGCUUGUUUGAAAAUUAACCACUAGAAUGUAGUGGACAAACAGAAGGAUUACAACACGAUCGUUAGGAAAUCCGCUUCGCUUCUCACUCAUUGGUCUUUUACGAAUUAUUUAUAGGUUAACGUAAAAGUUGAUUACAUCAAGCCCCCUAGUGAUGGAUUCCCAGAGCGAACAUGUGCCACAGUAACUUUCAGCGGUAUUAAUAUAGCAGAGGCUCUUAUCAGCAAAGGGUUUGCCACUGCGUUACGGCACAGACAGGAUGAUGACAUGCGCUCUUCAUGCUACGAUGACUUGCUCGCUGCCGAGACACGUGCUAUGAAGAAUGGCAAAGGGCUACACAGCAAGAAGGAAGUGCCAAUACACAGAGUGGCCGAUAUCUCAGGGGUGAGGAAGCUUUACAAGAAUUGUUUUCAGUCAAAAUAUGUUUUACUUGUGUCUACAGGCCAGUCGUAAAAGUUAAGGCCAUAACAUGAACAUCGCCGCUUGCAUCGCGAUAUGUCCCCAAAUACGCAAUUAAAUAUUUUUGCCGACAGAGACAAGUUCUUUUUUUCAAGGAUUUCAAAGAAACCUGUGUGCUUCUCUGGGAAGCAUAAUGUCGCCAAUUUGAAUCCUUACUCAAAGGGCUGGACCACAGAAACCAGUGUGGUCGUGCUGGCUUUGAUUAACGUUCCAUGUAAAUCGUCAUUGAGCAGUGACGUUAAAAAUGACUUUUGUUAUCCUUCAUCUUUCCUCAGUUGUAAAUAUAUACGGAAGAGACGUUAGAGAACCCAAAAGUCUGUUAGAAAGUAUCAGAACGCCCUGGCCCACCUUCCGUGGGUGGGUUGGUGGGGAAAAGAGUUAAUGGAGGUAUCAAUAUAUUUUUUUUUCACUUAGGAACCAGCCAAGGCGAAACAGUUCUUACCUUUCUUACAACGAGCAGGAAGAUCUUCAGGAAUAGUUGAAGUGAGUGGGAGCCUAACUUGCUAUUUUAGAAUGAAAUGAUAUAAUUAUUAAUUUUUGCUAUGAGAAUGUUAGUUAUUUGUAUGCUUAUCGAGUACAACGCCGUGACCAGGUUUAUUAAAUUGUUUCUUUUCUCUUUCGUACAGUUUGUCGCAAGUGGCUCAAGAUUAAGAUUGUAUCUACCAAAGGAGACAUGUCUUAUAACUUUCCUUGUUGCAGGUAAGCUCUAGAGUCAAUCAGCCUGCGCGGCUAAUGGGAUAUAGAGCGGUCUUGCCAGUGCUUUUUUCUUUGUGGUGGAGGAUCGUGAAUAAUUAGCCUCAUAAAGUAAUGAGUUUACAAAGUCAGCCACUUUUUCAAUUUGCUCACUUCUUUGCGUACUUAAACGUCCCAGUGACAGGGAAGUGGCGUCGUUUUUGUCCAAUCAUUCCAUAUGCGUGUUAAGAUCAUUCCAUACUAUUUUCUAAAAAUGCAGUACAAAUUAAAAGCGAAUAGUAACAAUCUUAGCCAAAAAAUUAUCACGAAUUUUAAGAUCUCUCUGAAAGAAGCACUUCUUUUAAAGAUGCCAAUUUCUUGACGCCUUUUGAAUUCACGAAGACGUCUAUUAGUCCAUCUUUUGACAACCUAAAUAUCUUUCUUUAUGGAGAAAAUUUUUCCAUGUUUGGAAUUUAAUGAAGUUUAAGAUAGUUACAAAGUUAUGUCUCUCUCAUCUUUUAUUCUUAAGUAGAAAAACGUCAAUCCUGUAUUCUUUUAACCUCCUCUACCGGAGGACCUAGUCCUUUUUUAUUUAUUUAUGUUAUUAUUUUUUUUUUUGGCUUAAGGUAUCACAUGUCCUCGUGCUAGCAGAAUAGUUACUUCUCAAGGUGUCAUUGCCACUGGAGGGGAACCUUACGGUGAUGAAGCUCUGGCUUUCACCAAGGACCUUUGUAUGCAAAGAGAGGUACGACUAGGAGUCAAUUUCAUUUUGGGGCAUCAAUGUUUGCACUACGGACAUCAUUCAUUUGAAGAGCAAACAAAACUAUUCUUAGGCCCCAUCCGUCCACACUUAUCCGGAUAUUUUUGAAGCCGCAACUUUUUCUUUCCGGAUUCAAAAAUUUCCACGUCCGCACGUAUCCGGAUGCAAAUCGAAUUUGCCCGUCCACGCGUAUCCGACACGUAUCUGGAUUCACUGGAGUUCUCAGGACUUCUCCAGGAAUAUUGGCAACAGAGCAUGGGUCGAGGUCGCCUUCUUGAAUACAGUAUUCACGGUAAAGAACUGAGCUCCAUCUUGUUACGUCACUGGAUAAAAAAAAUGUCCGGAUUGUCCGGAUAUAGCGUCCACAUGAUUCCGAAUUCAUAGCGUAUUCAAACUUUGCCACUCAGGAGAGCGGAUUCAAAAAGUUACGGAUUCGUAUGCCGGAUUCACCCGAUACGUGUGGACGAGGCCUUAGUAGAUCAGAUCAAAAAAGCAUUUUAUUGGAGUGUACAAUUAAUAUACAUUUAACACGAAAGUACCAAUUGACAACACUAUUUUUACGUCGCCCACUGCAUAUGUGACUGCCAUUUUACGCGGUCAUCCGAGCCACGAGAAGGUCGUCGGGCCUUAUGCAAGGCAAAGGCAGUACCUUCAUCUCCCAUUGAACCCGACCUCUCGCUCUCUCUCUGCAAUCAAGCACUCUACAGACUGAGCGAGUUGUUGGUGAGCUUAAAUAUAAAGACGACGGCGACCUCAACGAGAGCGGAAAAAGAGCAAAAGGUUAAGGGCGUGUUUGCAUGGAGGCGGGGGAUCUGCUCACGUGGCGUAACUCGCCUGUCCAUAUAAUCUCUCAUUUUAAUUUGAUCACGUUUACAUGAUAGGUGGGGUGACCCGCUGCAUGUUACCUCACGUAGCUUAGGUCCCCCACCUCCAUGUAAACAGGCCCUAAGAUUGGCAAAACAACAACUCUGCACGUGUACAACGCAUUUUUGUACAUUUCUUUGCCGUUUCUUGUUAUAUCAGUUGAAAAUAAUGAGAUGAAAACUUCGUCAUUUGUUCUAUAAACCUCUAAAACUACUGCGAUAAAAACUAACAAAACUGAAAAAAUAGAUGCGCUUUGUGAAAGGACUACUAAAGAGGUUUAAUUUGAAUGGUCAUAUCACAGGAUUUGGUCCACAUAAACAUAUGCUAUCUUCGUAGUUGACCAUUGGGAUAAGAAAAUUUAAAUGUUUCACUAUAAUCUUAAUAUAUGAGAUAUUGUUCUUUAUGCGUUCACUUGAUAAGGUUGAAGUCGAUGUGGAAGCAAUGGACAAGGCCGGAAACUUCAUUGGAUGGCUGUUUGUUGAUAACACAAACCUUUCUAUUUCACUGGUUGAGGUAAAGUUGCCAACGUAAUGACACUUGUUUUUCUUAGUCCCUUAGCAACCCUGCGUACAGAGCGUCCUUAAUUUGCCUUCUUGAAAGAGGAAAAGAAAAGGUGGCUCUGCCUGAAUCGGCUCAAGCGUCGCCGUAGCCUGCGAGCAAGCCCUCCGUGCCGCUCUGGCGGCGGAGCGGGAAAAGGAAGGAGAGCUUGCAACUACGUCUCUUUUUUCUCGCGUUAUUUUCGUUUUUGACGACUAGAGAACAAAAAAAUAAUAAUUUGCUUAUUUGAAAUCCUUCCAACCCUUUGUCGUAAAGUAUAUGCGCCUCCGUGAUUGCCUGAUUGGCUCUGGUCUCUGAUUCUUCCGCAGGCUGGUCUUUCACAAGUUCACUUCACAGCCGAGCGUUCAAGUUUCUACCAACAGCUAACACAAGCUGAGGAGCAAGCCAAAUCAAAGAAGCUUAAGGUAUUUUGUUUCAGAUCCCUACAAAAAAGAAAGGGUAGCUAGAAGUCAUUUGGCUCAGCAACAUGGCGGACAAUUUUGUUUUCUUUCUUGUCACAUUCUCUGAAGGAAUUAACUGUUGGCAAGAAACAGAGAAAAUUGCAAACUGGAGAUUAAAUGUGAAACAUAUCAGACUGCCGUAGUUGCCUUAAAAUAAGACAAGCAUCAGAUUAACUCGGGUAAUGGUAGCAAAAAGCCCAAUUCUUUCGCGUGCCAAGUCCAUACAUUCAAUCGAGAGGUUAACUGAGGUUCAUUGCUUUUUAGUUAUGGGCCAAUUAUGAAGAACCUAAACAUGUUGUUGUUGUGGAGGAAACAGAAAGGAAGUGCAAUUAUAAGAAGGUUUGUUAUUAAACAAUAAGCGUUAAUUAAAGAAAGAAAUGAUCAUCAGAGUUAUGUACACGUUUUAUGCAUUUAAAUGCAAUUUAAAGGAGUUGACAACUAAAAGCGUCUUCAGUGCCAGAGGUCCGCGGUCGUUCGGCAUGCGCAUGCCCAGUAGUUCGCUACAUCCUCGCGUGAUUCAGUGGCAUGGAGAUUUUCCUUCCUGCUGCGUUAUCCGUGCCACGAGGUUUCUUUCAGCCAUUUUCGUCCCCCUCCCUGUGGUUCUUUCCCCACUGAUAUUUUUCAGUGACACAGGUACCUGUUUGUUUCCUUUCGUGUGGGGGCUCAUGGCUGGGUUGCGCUGCUGUGCCAACCAGGGGAGCAUUAUUUAAUCUAGGGGUUGGAUGCCAAAAGUGGAAGCCCCUGGAUACUCCAAGAACCCAACCUCCAUUUAGCGAUGCAGUUGUUAAUGAAAAAAGCUCGUUCUUUGUUUCUCUUUCUCCCCAUAAGGACUGGAGUGUUGCGUGACGACCCAAAAGAACGGCUGCGUAAUAGACUAGCAUAGCCCCUGCUAUACUGUUUAUGUUCCAGGCUGAUUUUUUUUUCCCGUUUGUCAUAGGUCAUUGUCACAGAAACAAUGCAGAGUCUUUCCUUUUGGGCGCAGCAUGUUGAGUCAGGUAAGGGGUCUCGUCUGAUAUCAAUACCGUGCCGUGAUUUCUAGAAUACCUUUUACAGAAACGGCUUCAGCUCUCUCACUCUUGAAGAAGAAUUGAGAACAUCUUAAUUCAUCAGAAAUCCUUUUUUGUUUAUUCUUCAUGAUCACUUCCCGCAGUGCGUUUGUAUUUUUGGCUUCUUUUGGGCAAUAAUACUUGAAAAAAAAAAAAAUGGGUGACCACGAUUUCAUUCCUCGAUCUUUAAAAAAAAACGUUUUUAAACAUAAGGAUGAUAAAAACGUAUUCAGCGCAGGUAAUAUGAUUCAGGGAUGAUUACCAGAUCAGUGUGUAUGCCACGCUGUCUCUCAAAAUAAGACUCUAAUAAUACGAAAAAUAACUCUUAAAGCCCUAUCAAUUUAAAGUUUUCCUCGUAAUGUCAAACAUAACGGUCAUGAGAAUCAAGGUUAUGAUCACAGAGGAUGAAAUCGAUGUUUUGUCAACUUCUCCCCACUACUUUUAUAGGAGCGGCCAUUGAUGAUUUCAAUUUUAAUGUUAGGGUUUUAAAGGGUUUAAUUUGGAGCUCACGAUUUCGCAGUCGUGAAUGCAAAAUCUUGAACUUAAAAGAUUGUAGACAUCAAAAUUGUUGACUACGUCCGUUCUUUUAUCAACUCACAGUACAUUUUUUUUCCUUACCAGGUGGCCAGUUAGAGAAACUUAUGGAUGAUCUUCAUGCUGAAUUAAGCACUAAUCCGCCAUUACCAGGUUCAUACACGGCAAGGAAAGGAGAUCUUUGUGCUGCUUUGUUCGUCGAUAAUAACUGGUAUGUUUCCAACUCCCCCCAUCCCCCUCGACUUCUUUAGGUGUUGGUCAAUAUCUUGUUAAGCUUCGUGAGCAGAGUGCGCUUGAUUCGCCGUCAUCUCGUUGUCAAGUCCCACUUCAUCAGAGUAGUAAAUAUAUAGUGUAUACAGUCGAACCUGUUUAUGCGACCGCCUGUUAAAAUACCAAAAUUUUCCCAGUCAAAGCCCUAUAGUUAGAAACUCUUGUAGGCGACCGCGACCACUUUUUUGUUUCAGUUUCCAUCGUUUUUAACAUGUUAAAAUCGACCACGUGACAGUGGCCGGUCAUGCCGUGCCUUAAACUUCUAUAUCUGUUCUUUUGUCUUGUUUUGCCUUUCUUUGUUGUAUUAAUGGCGCGUAUAACGGUGAUUACAGCCGAUACUAUGCUGUCGACAAGUCCGCUAAUUUACUAUGCAAUGUAUUAUAACCUUUAUUGAACCACCGCUUCUUUUCCCUUCAUUCUGGGCUCAUCAUAUUAAAUCAGUACAAGCACGUUUCCGUCUAAAGAACACUUCGUCGUUUUCUCCAAUUCAGGUACCGUGCUCGGGUAGAAAAUAUUACAUCUCCUAAGCAAAUCCAUGUGUUUUACAUCGAUUAUGGAAAUGUAAGUACUGCAGGGAAAUUGUUUUGUAGUUUAGUCCACGGCUUCGAAAAGCUUUAUUGCACCCUUCACCGUAGCUUGUUUAUUUGCCAAAAAUACUUUUUACCCGCUCACUGGACAAGCAUCAAACAUUGCCGAAAAUUAUUAUUAUGUGAAAAUAUCAGAGCUCAAAAAAGUUGCCGCUAAUAGGUAAUCCAGUGCGAGUAGAUUUUCUUGCUAAACAAGUAACUUUCAAAGCUCGCUGGCCCGAUGAGCAAGGGCCCAGGCAAGUCAGCGCCCAAUUAAAUAAUUAACCCCUUAAACCCUAAUAUCAAAAUUAAGAUUCUCAUUUACUGUCCCUAUACUUUUUCAACAGAAGUAGUGGGGAGAAUUUGUUGAAAUAUCAAUUAGACUCAUCUUCCCUGAUCAUGUACUCAAUUAUCAUGACCACUCUGUUUUCUAAAGCAUUGAUAUCAUAAGGGGAAAUUCAUGCUGAUCACUCUUAAGGCUUAAAGGGUCAAGGCCAAGCAAGUAAAAUGAAGAUCCGCGUGCCCAAAUAACCUGCUGGAGUUUUAUUUUUAUUUUCGAGCCCUGGAUACCAUGUAAGCCAGCAGGGUAACUGAGUGACCCAAAACAUAGAAAAUAAAAUUUCCGAAGGAGCUCACGUGCGUUAAUUUUACUACAUUGCAGAAAGAGGUGUUGCCAUUAUCCAAGCUAUGUCCACUUCCUGCAGCCUUCCACAGGUAACCCACUCUUCUUCUAUAGUCUAUUCCUCUAAACAUCUGCAUCAUUUUAGAGUACAUCUCCGACCCGCACAGCUCUGUAGUGUACAUCUGAAUGGUACACAAAUGUGUCUUAAAGAUCCAUCCCUAAACAGAAACUCCACGUACUCCCCGAUAAAGAAACAUCAGCUACGUUAAUUAUUUGACCAAAGACUGAGUUCACGUGGGUGAACGUUUGUGUGAUUGCUAAGUUUUCUUUAUUUUCUUUUAGUUUUCCACCUCAAGCACAUGAAUACAAUAUGGCAUUUAUUGAGCUUCCAGCUGAUGUAAGUUGUUAUUGCUGGGUCGGAUGAUAGACACAUUCACCCUUGCGUCGCUUUACUUCUGAUUGGUCGACAAAGUUAGCGUGAAGUUGCUCAGCCAAUCACAAAGCGUUGUUGCGUAGAACCAAAGUAAUAGGUCAUUUUUGAGUUGCCUCAAGCCUCUGUUUCAAAGCGAGGCUAAGUGCAAAGCCAUUGAUAUGAAAUGAUUUUUCCUUCUCAUGCAAAUAAAUUCAUUUUCACAGCAAAGGUUUUGCACUUAGCCUCGUUUUGAAAGGCAGGGUUUUUGGAUCUCAGAAAUGGCCCAGUGCCGCUCUUACGCUUCAAAGUCGCGUGGUUUUGUGGUUCGUACCGCCAAGUUAAGUAAUCUGACCAGCCACAAUCAAUCCAGUGAAACAGCAUACACUGGCUACUCGGUUUGGAAAAACAUACGCAAGCUAGUCCCGCUUGAUUGGGUUUAGUUUACUACCUAUCAUUGGGGAAUUUCGAAUAUCACAAUUCUAAACCAAGGGUGUAUAGUGGCCUUUUUUAGUCACUUAUUUCGAUAAUUAACAGUGUAUUUUUUUCCAUGUAAUUUUUAUAGGUAGAAGCAGUUGCUGAUGCGUUGGAUGCAUUUAAAAACCUUGUUAUUGUAAGUGUUCUUCCUUUCUGUUUCCUUUGAGUUUAUGUUCAUUUCUUGGAAAAUCUUGUCUUGCUAAGAUCACUUAAUAAUCGAAGAAUUGAUCUAUUUCCUCUCUAGAACAGACAAUUUAUGCUGAAUGUGGAGUACAAAACCAUGGGUCAGGUAAAUAUCCUACUUUAUUACGGAGGCCCAAGGGAUGAAGGAAAGGAGGAGGGGGGGCCUGGAGACUAAGAUUGCUACAGGUCAGAAAAUGGUAAGGGGGAAAAAAUUCUUCAUGGUCAGGGAAAAGUUAGGGAAUUUCACUUCGAGUCUGGGAAAAUUUAAAUCUUUGAAAGAGGUCAGGAAAAAGGGAAAUUUUAAGAGUACAUAUUUAUUCUUAUCCCUCUACUUUUGUUGUUCUUUAACAUUUUUAAUUCUUUUGUACAUUUUACGGACAUGAAUCAUGUUGUGUUGGUAGAUUGUUGUUCAUUACUUUGAACGACAAGAAGUUAUGUUAAGGAACUAUGAAUUCGUGCACCCCACACGUGACUUGCUGAAAGCUUAAAUAAAUGGGUGGAGAGGAUGGCUGUGAGGGAAGUGUUGAGUGCGUUAGGGAAAUUUGACAUUUGUCAGGGAAAAGUCAGGGACUUUCAAAAUCCUCCAGCUGUGGCAACGAUGACUGAACUUCGCAUUCUCUUUUUUCAUCAAUAGUGAGUUUACUCAACAGGGCGGCGGAAAGAAGAGGACGGCAAAACGCUUGUGUGUGACAAACGUGACAAGGCUAUUACUUGCAUUUUAUGUCGUGAUCCUCACUUAAGAUUAAUGUUUUCUGGUCUUUGCAAAAACAUCUGUUUAAAGGAAAGUGAAGUUAAGCGUGAAGUUAUUUCAAACAAAAUUAUUGCCACGCUUGUCACACAAAGUUUGCCGUCUUGACGGGUAUCACUCUUAGCCGGACAUUGCCGUUCCCAAAGCUGUCCGUCUUAGAAAGAGUUGAGUGUAGUCCAUUUUCGAGGUUCCUGGUGUGAACUUUGUAGCUCCUUUUGUCUUGUUAGGAUUAUGUUACACUGGUGCAGGAGAACGGAGAAGAUAUUGGCAAGAGUCUCGUUACAGAUGGCUUGGUGACAGUUGAGAAGAGAAAGGAGAAGCGAUUACAGAAAGUUUUGGAAGAAUACACCCGGGCUCAGGAUACGGCGAGGAAAGCAAGGGUACGUAUGACCACGAAGCAACUUGAAAGGAGACAAUUCGUCUCUUUAGGAACGAGGAGAGGACUGGAGACGAGAAAUGCGUCCCGUAAUUGUUUCUGGGAUAGUGACUGGUGACGCGCCGGUCAGCUAUUGGCUAGUUUUUUCCCUGUCCCCAGUAAUAGUCCCAGAAGUCUUUGCGAACGUUAACUCGGCCCCAUUUUUUUCUACUUAAGUUUCCUAAGUGGCAGAUCUCAGACGAGUAAGGUACCGUAAAAUUCCGAAAAUAAGCCCCUCCAAAUAUAAGCCCCCCAAACCGGUAACGCAAAAAACCCUCCGUUAAAUCGCCCCUCCAAAUAUAAGCCCCCCGGGGACUUGUACUUGGAAAAUUGCCCUCAAAUACAAAGUAAAACAAAGCAAAAACGGUAAAUUUACUUCUAACUAUAGGGCUAGCCCAAUCGAUUUUGAAACGCAAAUUUCCCUCCCGUAGAUAAGCCCCUCCGGAUAUAAGCCCCUCCAAAAAUAAGCCCCUUAAAAAAGGGCCUUUGAAAAAUAUAUGCCCCGGGGCUUAUUUUCGGAAUUUGACGGUAUUCACCAUUUUCACAUAGACCAUAAUGAACCUUGUUUACCCCCCAACAUUUUGCAUAACCAUUUUCUUCGAUUUCUCUUGGGGCGAAUGUAAUACCCAGAAGAAAUUGGAAACAGUGGUUAUGCAAUUUUUUUUGGAGUGGGGGCGAACAAAGUGCUUGAUGGUCUACCACCAUCUUUGGACGCGCAUUAGGAGUGAGGGGAUAAAACCGCGAUGUCACGUGGUAUUGCAGGGGGCAAACAAGUGAUAAAAUUUGCCAAUACGAGUAAUCGCGGUCGAGUUUGUGUAUUCUCUCAAAUCGAGACGACUAGUUUAGACUUGCACAAUCUACAGUUCGAGAUUCGACGAGUUUUACGUUAUUUUUGCUGGCUAUGAGGACAUCUACGGUCACCACGUCCACUGCACACUGAUCACUUCCAUUCAUAAUUCGCCGUUUUCGUCUUUACAAUGAAAAGUUCUUCAUUGUCUGUUGUCUAGAAUAAACAAACUUGACCGCGAUUUCUUGUGUUGAAAAUUUUUUGUUGUUGCUCCCUGAGAAGCCACGUGGCAUUGCUUUUAUACCAUCAGUCAUUGAGCACGUGCAAAGGCGGCGAGUAUCGUGAACGAGAUCUAUUAGAGAGAGGAAUAUUCAUAUCUCUGUAAUACCUGAUGUCCUCAUCAGUUUCGCAAGUGCCUUUUUUAUGGAGUAAAAAUGAUGGUGAUGAUGAUAAGCAAAAAGAAGAGGAAGUGUUCUUUUCUUUGCUUUUUGCGCACAUUCUUAGGGCUGAAAUUGGUUCUUUUCAUUUCUUUUUCUUUCUAGAUAAACUUGUGGCGUUAUGGUGACUUUACCGGUGAUGAUGCCAAAGAGUUUGGGUAUUCCGCCAACUGA